CUAAGCAGUAUAAACAGGUCUAUAAUAUACCCGGACAUGCCGGGUAGUUGCAAAUCUGUUUCCGAAAGUUUAGUAUUUUGCAAAGAUUUCGAAUCGGAUAUUUCUCCGGGAUUCUCCAUACAUGGUGCGAGCUUGGUGCUCCAGAGGUGAUCUUCCGUCAGCAAAGUUAGCGCUUCUAAACGAAACUGGAGCUGAGGCGGCAGCUGUGACCAACAUGGGGUGCGAGUGCGCGGCGACCACUUGGGCGAUCCUGAUGGCCACAGGCACGAGGAGCCUGUUCGUUGCCCAGGGUUUGAUCACAGUGUGGAGGGUGGUGGAUGUCAAGUCUGACCCAAGGUACUGGUGCUUGCUUGUCGGUGUGGCCGCCCUGCUGCUGGAGACGGCAUAUACGCUAAUAAGAAGAAAAGGGGCGGAGUUUAAAUGGUUUGCCCCAAGUUAUCUAUGCUUUUUGCUGUGUACUGUACCGGGUAUAUGGUUCUUAGAGCUUGACCGAUGGGACCGGUUUCAUGGAGCCCAUCUUAAGAGUAACUCGUCAUCAAACUCUUCAUCCAAACCAUUGGCAGAAGGACUAUCAAGCAUUUACGGGUUGUCCAUCCCAAUCUACCUGGACGCGGACACGUGGAUCCAAGCCCUCCAACAGGUCCUCAUGCUGUUACUGGUCCUUGCGAGAUGGACACUACCCAAAGGGAAGAUCAGUCGGGAACGUCUCUCACAGAUCUUACUCGUCUACAUCGCCUUGGCCUCGGACAUCAUUGAACUAUUCGACCUGUACGAGCUGCAGCAGGUCAUGCAUGACUGGCUCAUCUUCCGUGUGAUUCUCAUAGUGUGGACAGUCAGUCUAAUGCAGUUCACUGUUGUGCUUGCUUCAGCACGUUCUCGAAGGUCGCCAAUGGCUGUGGCCGGGACAAAAAGUACCACGUACACCACUAGAAGUGGCCGGCAGAUUAACUGCAUUGAGGUGCUUUCCCUGAUCACCACCAUGUUUAUCCAGGACAUGCCGUUUUUGGCGAUUCGGCUCUACAUUGUCAUCUUUUAUGAAGUGAUGAGCAACACACUGCUCUUCUUCGCGGCCAAGAAUGCUCUGAUCAUAGCAAUGCAGUUGUACAGGCUCCUCAUCAUCACCUGCUGCACUGACGACGACAAAGAUGGCGACGGGUUCGUUGAUGAGGACGAAGAUAAUGUUGAACCUGAAAUGCCAGUGCCUUACGAUGAAGAGGAUUAUGUGUCACCUACCCUUCGACGUGCCCAGAAAACCGUUAAAAAUGAACGUUCUAGUGAUGUCGAGCUGCUCAAGGUUUCCUUCAAACCAAAGUUUUCCACAGACAAUGGUCAUGGCCAACACUUGCCAGGUGCUGUACCAGAAGUGGCUGAUUAGCUAGUCAAAAGCAACAAUCUCUGGUACCAGAAGUGGCUGAUAAGCUAGUCAAAAGCAACCAUCUCUGGUACCAGAGGUGGCUGAUUAGCUAGUCAAAAGCAACAAUCUCUGGUACCAGAAGUGGCUGAUAAGCUAGUCAAAAGCAACCAUCUCUGGUACCAGAGGUGGCUGAUUAGCUAGUCAAAAGCAACAAUCUCUGGUACCAGAAGUGGCUGAUUAGCUAGUCAAAAGCAACAAUCUCUGGUAACAGCUCGAAUUUCUUCGGUGUAAUUUGUAUUAGGGACAGAUGACACUGCCAUCUGUAACACCAGAACUGAAUUGACUGCCAUCAGUAGGGAGAUGGCACUGCCAUCUGUAACACCAGAACUGAAUUGACUGCCAUCAGUAGGGAGAUGGCACUGCCAUCUGUAACACCAGAACUGAAUUGAACUAUAGGAAGAUCGAACUUGUCUUAAUUGA